AUGCCCGAUACUACGGAAAGGAUGCCCGAUACUACUGAGAAGAUGCCCGCUACUACGGAGAGGAUCCCCGAUACUACGGAAAAGAUGCCCGCUACUACGGAAACGAUGCCCGAUACUACGGAAAGGAUGCCCGAUACUACUGAGAAGAUGCCCGCUACUACGCAGAGGAUCCCCGAUACUACGGAAAAGAUGCCCGCUACUACGGAUAGAAUGUCCGAUACUACGGAAACGAUGCCCGCUACUACGGAGAGGAUGCCCGAUACUACGGAAACGAUGCCCGCUACUACGGAGAGGAUCCCCGAUACUACGGAAAAGAUGCCCGCUACUACGGAAACGAUGCCCGCUACUAAGGAAAGGAUGCCCCAUACUACUGAAAAGAUGCCCGCUACUACGGAGAGGAUCCCCGAUGCUACGGAAAAGAUGCCCGUUACUACGGAGAGGAUGCCCGAUACUACGGAAAAGAUGCCCGCUACUACGGAAACGAUGCCCGAUACUACGGAAACGAUGCCCGCUACUACGGAAAGGAUGCCCGAUACUACUGAAAAGAUGCCCGCUACUACGGAGAGGAUGCCCGAUACUACUGAAAAGAUGUCCGCUACUACGGAGAGGAUCUCCGAUACUACUGAAAAGAUGCCCGCUACUACGGAAAGGAUGCCCGCUACUACGGAAAGGAUGCCCGCUACUACGGAAAGAAUGCCCGAUACUACUGAAAACAUGCCCGCUACUACGGAGAGGAUCCCCGAUACUACUGAAAAGAUGCCCGCUACUACUAGGCAGGGCAUUCCUCUCAACCAUCGACCGCAUUGCCUAACCUUUGUUUUCUCGGCUGAUUAUGGAACUAUAUGGUAUAACGAAUAA